CACACCCAGAGACAGACGAAUUCUUUCUCCCUGAAGUCUACGGCAAUGGAGGGAAAAGGAAGAAACGGAGGAGGAAGCUCAAAGAUGAACAUCGCCAUCAUUCAUCCGGAUCUUGGAAUCGGUGGAGCUGAAAGGUUAAUUGUUGAUGCGGCUGUGGAACUUGCGACCUGUGGGCAUAAUGUUCACGUUUUUACGGCACACCAUGACAAAACGCGCUGUUUUGAGGAGACUCUAGCUGGUACCUUCCCCGUUACGGUAUAUGGUGCUUUCCUACCUCGGCAUAUUUUCUAUCGUUUCCAUGCAAUAUGUGCGUAUCUCCGGUGCAUUUUUGUGGCUCUUUGUGUGUUGUUCAUGUGGCCGUCAUUUGAUGUUGUACUCGCGGAUCAAGUCUCUGUAGUCGUUCCAUUGAUUAAGUUAAAAAAGUCAAUUAAGGUUGUUUUUUAUUGCCAUUUCCCCGAUUUGCUACUGGCUCAACACACAACUUUUCUUAGGAGCAUAUACCGGAAACCCAUAGACUUUAUAGAAGAAAUGACGACAGGAAUGGCAAAUUUAAUUCUUGUUAACAGCAAAUUCACUGCAUCUACUUUUGCGAAGACAUUCAAUAAUCUUCACGCCAAGGGGAUUAGACCAGCUGUGCUAUACCCAGCAGUCAAUUUGGAUCAGUUUGAUGAACCAUCAGCUUUUAAGUUGAAUUUUCUCUCCAUCAACCGGUUUGAAAGGAAAAAGAACAUAAAUUUAGCAAUAUCUGCCUUUGCCAUGCUUCGCACCCUUGAAGGGAAUGUUGUUCAAGAUAAUAAUGCAGCUGAUGUUUCACUGACUAUUGCAGGUGGCUUUGAUAAACGCCUUAAAGAGAAUGUCGAGUACUUGGAGGAGCUGAAAAGCUUAGCGGAAAGGGAAGGUGUGUCUGACCGCGUCAAUUUCAUCACAUCUUGUUCCACAGCAGAAAGAAACAUGCUCCUCUCCCAAUGUCUUUGUGUUAUUUAUACACCCAAGGAUGAGCAUUUUGGCAUUGUUCCGUUGGAGGCAAUGGCAGCCCACAAACCUGUUAUUGCAUGCAACAGUGGGGGGCCAGUUGAGACGAUUAAGAAUGGCGUCACAGGUUUCCUCUGUGACCCUAGCCCACAAGAGUUCGCUUUGGCUAUGGCUAAGUUUAUUCAGGAUCCCACGAUGGCAGAGAGAAUGGGUGGAGAAGCUCAUCGUCAUGUCACUGACUCAUUUUCUACUAAGAUAUUUGGGCAGCUUUUGAAUCGAUAUCUUGUUGAUAUAGCUCGGGGGAAGAGAGACUGAGAAGGUCUAUACCAGUGUGAAGACAUGCUGAUGCAUCACUUUCUUGGAGUUUGGUGAAAACUGUGAGGACAGGAUUGUCCUUUAAUUGACUGAUCGAUAAUGUUCAUUUUCUGCAUCUAUUAAGAGGGUUUUUUUGGGUAAGAAAGACGGAGGAGAGAAAGAAGAGAAAGACGAAAAAAGGAGUUGGGGGG